UCUACUAUAACAGCGGUAUAGGUAGAUCAAACUUGUACAAAUCAAUGUUAAAUAUAAUAUCGAUCUGUUCUAUGAUACAACACAACUCUGUGACAUCAAAUCUUUGAUGCAUACUGCAUUGUAAGCUUACAGGAACGACGACCCUUGGCACCUUACUAGGUAGUAUAAGUAGUUCGAUUACUUGCCUAAGGUAGUAUAGAUGGAUCAGAUGGAUCGCGAUCGUCGUAUAAUGUCGUACCUAGUGCGUGCCCCCUCAACUUGGGGAUUGUGCCACUCCGCUACAUAAAAUCCUAACUCCACCAGACCAAGACAUGUCUCAUCUUGUCUUUUAUCUUUCCUUUUCUUUCGACUCUCCCGGGGGGUUUUUCCAAGAUAUUUUUUUAAGAAAAAAAAGCUUAGGUUGCGACUAGUUAGCUAGCAUUCCCACUACCAUGGCAGCUCUUCUAUACUUAGCCGUGAUCGUGGUUGGCGUGUUCUCCGCACUCCUAUACACCCCCGUGAAGCAGGAAGCCAUUAUUAUGGGCCUGUUCAGGCCUCUCGAAUCAUGGCAGAACGUCCACGGGAUCGAGAACCGCGUGAUCGAGAACACCGUUGCGUGCGAGGAUAUCCACUACCAUGAGUCCUCCGGCAUGCUGUACACCGCAUGUAUGCGCGACAUCGAAAAGGCCGCGGGGUGGUUUCCGGGAGCUGGCACGUUAGCCCACCCGGAAAACCCGGCUUACGGGGGACUAGUCGUGAUCGAUCCGACGACCCUCAAAUCCCAAGAACUCACCCUCCUCAACUUCGACCCAUCGCAGCCCUUCGUGCCGCACGGAGUGAGCCUCUACACCCCGCCCUCGGACCCAAACAUCGUGUACAUGUUCGUCAUAAACCACGUCCCGAACCCCCUCUGGACCGAAACCGCCCCGGAGCAACCCAAAGCCGCCUCGCGCGUCGAACUCUUCGUGCACACGGUAGGAAGCGUCACCGCGUCGCAUGUACGGAGUAUAUCGCACCCCUUGAUCCGGACGCCGAACGACCUACUCGCGCUUUCGGAGAAUGAGUUCCUCGUGACCAACGACCACUACUACCGCGAGGGGCUCCUGCGGUUGGUCGAGGACAUGGUGCGCCGGCCAUGGUCCGACGUGACGCACGUGCAGAUCCACGAAAACAACGUGACGGCCGCCGUUCUCCUCGCCCCCCUAUCCACCCCCAACGGCCUAGCCUGGGGGCCAGACGGCCAAGUCCUGCUCGGCGACGCCGCGGGCGGGAGUAUUUCCUUUGGCUCGCUCGCUCCGCGCCCGGACCAGAAUCCCAACUCCAGCCCACUGCAGCUAACCGUCUCGCACUCCAUCCCCUCCGACAGCAUCGUCGACAACCCGUCCUACUUCUCCGACCCAUACGCCGGCGUCAGCGAUGGCCCGGACUACAGCGGGUACCUGAUCCCCGGCAUGGGGCGCGGGCUCGACUUCGCGGCGUCCAUCACGGACGGCACGGGCAGCGCGCUGAUGCCGAGUAUGGUGUGGUACCUGCCUGCGCGCGCCGGGAUCUCCUCCUCCACCACCACCUCUUCCUCAUCGGCCGGAGAAGAAAAAGAAACCCCUCGGAUCCUGUUCUCGGAUGACGGGAGCGCGAUGCGCGGCGUGACGACGGCGGCGCUGGUCGCGAUUGAUCCGAAGGCUAAUGGUGGGAAGAGGGAGGGGUGGCUGUUUAUGACGGGGUUGGUGGCGCCGAAUAUUGUUGCUUCGAGGAUUGACUUUGCGGCGGCGUUGGCGUGAGGGGUGGGGGAGUUGUGGUUUGUGGUAACUUCCGAGGCUGGGACUUGGAGAGAGGG